ACCUCGUACUUUUUAUUAGUUGUCCUAAACCCCCUACGAAAAGUCAAAUUUGACAAAAUCUUUAUCCCUUCUUGACAAAAUCCACACACGCUUCCGUGACGCUAAUGUUGGGCAAUAGUUGUCCCGGGUUCUCCCAGGCAGCCGGCUUGGUGUAGGAUCAGAUAGAGCCAAGUAGUGGAAUAGUGGUGCGUUUUUUUGGGUGUAGGGUUAGUUGGUAGGGCAAUUUUUCUUCCCUAUUCCCCGUCCUUUUCCCUUCCGUUUUUGUCUCAAAUUGCAAUGAAUUCACAUUCCAGAAGUAGGCAGAAACGCAGGGCCUAGAUAAGAGAAAUGGAUUAAUAACCUCGAUUAAUAGGGAAGGCCUCACACUCCAGUACAGAAGGUGGCGCUGUAUGCACCUAACAGUAAAUUGUGAUCUGCCACACUCAUUUGAAGAAGAUUUCUUGGGAGAACGCUUUCUCACUAGAAUAACAAAGACCAACUUCGUGAAAUGGACUAAACAGGCCAAUUGACGCUUUAGCAGGACAAAGCACUCUUUCCCGACUGGUGUGGAGGUAAGAUAUUGUAACAUUAUCUGAUUAAAAACAUUCAACAUUCAGCUAGUUGUUUUCUGCUUCAUGUAGGCUUACUAGCCAAUUAAUUGAUUGUGCAUCCUUAGCUACAUGUAUUAAUGUUGUUUCCUAGUGAAUACAUGCAUUCAGUGUCUAAUUACUGCAAGUUCCCUACCUCUCUCUGUAUUGGGUUGAGGGGCUGGGCAAUGUUGCCAGUUAAUUUUAUUUAAUUGUAUCAUUAUUUUAGCAGGGAGUCACCAUUGAGAUGAGGUUCUCUUUCACAAGGGAGCAAUCUAUAUAUAAUUUCAUAAAUCUAAAAAUCAAAUACUAUAUGAAACUAAAAUACAGCCCUAUACAAAUAUUCAAGGAAAACUAUUACAUUCCUUAAAAAGCAGGUCCCCAAUCAAUAUUUUAAAUUGCCAGAGUGGCACCAGAACAUGCAAUUGUAAUGUAUUUUAUAGUUGGUUCCAGCAAUGCGGUGCUUUAAAACUAAAAGCAGAUUUACCUAGUUCGGUGGAGACCCAAGGAACCUUAAGAUUCAACCAACCUCGUGGACGGGUUUGGUAUCUCAUGUUUUUAUAUUGGAACAGUGAAGUUAGAUAAGUCGGAAGCUUGUGUAGUAGUACUUUGUAAACAAAAAGGUAAUAAUUAACUGAUCUAUGGGACUUUAAUGAGAACCAGCCAACCUUUUGAUACAGCAUUCAGUGGUGAGUAUUGAAACUGUCACCUGUGAAGGGCGCUAUGGGAGACAUGGCAUCCAAAGGUUUAACAGUAAUGGCUGCUGCAGUCUGGUAAAUGGUGUCACCGUAAUCAAGAACUGGCACGAAAGUUGAAUGUACAAUCUGCUUCUUGCUAUUUAGGGAGAGGCAAGAUAUAUUUCUAUAAAAAAGCCCACAUUAAAUCGUGGAUUUUUAACUAGCUCAUCCAUAUCUUUUUUUAAACAUUAAAUCUUGUCAAUCCAAAUGCCCAGGUAUUUAUUGCUGGGAACCAGAUUGAUGGGAGAACCAGCCAAUGAAUAAAUAUGUAGUCAAAUGUUUUUUGUUUGCGAGGAUUAGAGAACAACAUACAACAGUCUUGCCCGCAUGAAGUACACGUUUUAAACCAAACAGGCUAUUUUGUAAGGCAACAAAGUCAAAUUGCAGCUCUAAUAUAGCCUUGUCAACAGUUGGGACAAUGGCAUACAUAAGUGUCAUCUGAAUACAGAUGAAUAUUACAAGUUUUAACAGUUUAAUAUUAUUUAUAUGAAUGGGAAAGAGAACAGGUCCCAAUACUGAUCUCUGCGGUACACCUUUUGUAAUAUCCAGAAAACUAGACAAUCAGAAAUCACGCAUUGUGUCCUAUUUGACAGAUAUUUGACAAUAAAAGUCAGAGGUAUUCUACUCAAACUGUAAAGACUUUUAUCAGUAAAAUUAUUAACCUGACAAUGUAAGGGGUUAUUAAUUGUUACAAUGCACAGGCCAUGUUAUGAUGAUGGUUCAAGAUAAUCUGAUAAUUGUUAUGAACAUGUUUUGAAGUAUGAAAUGAUCAUGCUUAUGAAUAUGUAAAAGUGCAUAAUGAUGGAACAUUAAAGUGCAGAAACAUUAAUGGUGCUUUCAAGACAACUGGGAACUUGGAGAAAAAUACAGGGUCAAAUCACAAUGUCAGUAAUCUUCAGGUUGGAAAGUCUGAGCUGUAGAAAGAUGCCAGAGUUAGAAUUCCAAGUUGGAUGCACUUUUUAAAUUGGGAAAGAGCAAAACAUUUGGCACAUAUAAAUUCAGGGCAACCUGCAGUGUUGUUGAUGCACAUUUGACAGAGAAGAACAGUGUUUGUUUUCAUGUGAGAGAAGCUGAAUUUAUAUGUUGUGUAUGUUGAUCCAAACACCGUUAAAAGAAAAAACAGCCAGUGCUGUCAUGUUUGGCAAUUACUCUGCAGUAAUAUGAUCAGUCCAAAACAUUGCACAGCCCACAGACUUAAGUGCCUGCCUCAACAAACGAAAGGAAAGUUAUUGGCAGGAAAAAAACACAUUUGAACAUAACCAGCCAUAAAAUAUUGCAAUUUGUCUCAGCAGGUGUACAUAUAUGGUUCAUGAGUGUUAUGACUAUGUUAUGAAAAGUUAUGUUAGCUGUUAUGACAUAUUUUGACAUGGUUUUGACCGUGCCAUAACGUUAUGAUACUGGGUGUCAAGUAAAGUGUUACCCAAAUUUCUUUGGAAAAGCAGACUAUUUUAAAUUUAUGUCAUUAACUGUUUUGUCCCUCCCCUGUAGUCCCAAAUUAAGUCCAUUCAAGUGAUUGAAGAUGUCACAAAAAAAUCAUUUUCUCUAGAAUGUGAUGGGUUUCUUCUGACGGCAGUCGAGAGAUAAGCAACUCUCCCCUCCCUAAGCUCACAUACUCUCUUGAGAGCGUUAGGUCUACCCUUAUUUAACCACUGAAUCAUGAUGCUCAGCAGACAUGUCUUUCAGCAGACUAAGAAACAAGCAAUGUUGAAGGCUAAAUGUUGAUCAGAUAAAGUUUAUGAUGGCCAUAACUGAGUCCAGUGCAUUCUUUAACUCACCUCAGAGUUUAGCGCAAAGCACACUCAGGCAGUGUAGUCACAUCUUCAGUGAAAGAGUCCAUACCACCUAUAGGUGGCCAGACAGAACCUGUACCCUUGUUAGCUGCUCUGAUUGGCUGUAACUGGUAUCUUAGUGCUAUUGAUUGACAGCACCUAAUGGGCAGGACGUUAGGAAAACAGAUUCUCCCAUUGGAGAAUGUUGAACUCAUUUUGGCACUAAACAUUGGAUUUCUGCAUGGAUUUUUAGCUGAUGAAAUUGUUUUUCAUGUUUGAGCAAAUGGCCAAUCUAAAUUGGUAAAAGGCCACAUCUUGCCAACUGGCAGCCAUUUGAAUAGCCCUAACCUAGAAGUUGUCUUCUAACAUUUCAGCUUGUCUGUGUCACUCUUGCUAGUAAGGCGCUUUGCUUCCUUUUUUAUUUUGGAAGACUGUCAGUUCAACCUCACAUAAGAUGCAAGUCACUGAUAUGAGUGUGGUCAUUUCAUUACCUGAAAUGGUUCUUUUUAGAUUUUCUUUUCAGUCAAGCUCAGAAAUGGACAAUACAUCUUCUUCAACCAGAGAAGUGGAGAGUGUAUUUCUCAACAAACACAUGCUUGGAUAUGAUUCUGAAGAUUCAAUCAGCAACAUAGAAAUAAAAGAAUAUGAAUAUGUGCCAGGAACAGAAAGUGACAGUGAGAGCAGCUUAGAGGACUUUACUGCAUUAAAGGACAAAUGCACCACUAAAGCAAGAUCUGCACCUAAAGAUGGCCAACUUGACAAAGACUUGCUUGGUUAUGAUUCUGAAGACUCAAUCAGCAGCAUAGAAAUAACAGAAUAUGAAUAUGUGCCAGAAUAUAAAUAUGUGCCAGGAACAGAAAGUGACAGUGAGAGCAGCUUAGAGGACUUUACUGCAUUGAAGGACAAAUGCACUACUAAAGCAAGAUUGGAACCUAAAGAUGGCCAACUUGACAAAGACAGGAUUGGAUAUAAUUCUGAAGAUUCAAUCAGCAGCACAGAAAUAACACGAGAUGAAUGUGUGUCAAGAACAGAAAGUGACAGUGAGAGCAGCUUGGAGCACUGCACUGUAUUGAAGAACAAAGGCCCCACCAAAGCAAGAUCUGCUCCUAAAGAUGGUCCAAAAAAGACUUAUAAGAGACAUAGAAAUACAGAAUCUGACACCUCUGUGCAAGAAUCGACAAGUUCACUUGAAGUCAUGCACGUUACAAAGACUAAAGAUGGAUCAAGAAGAUACACCAAAAAGCAUUACUGUCUCUUUUGUGAGAAACCACAAUCAAAAAUUGCCCGGCAUCUGGAAAUGAUUCAUAAAAGUGAAGCUGAAGUCGCAAAGGCCCUUUCUUUCCCAAAGAACUCCAAGGACAGAAAGCUCCAACUGACUAUACUGAGGAAACGAGGGGACAGAGCACACAACAUGCAAGUCAUAAGAGAAGGCAAAGGUGUUAUAGUUCCUUGUAAACAAACCAGUUCCCCAAAUGGAAAUCCAAAAGACUUCUUGCACUGUGCAAAUUGCCAAGGACUCUUUAAAAGAAAAUUCCUAUGGAAACACAUGAAACGGUGCCCACUGAGUGGUGUACGGCUGAAACCUGGUAAAACACGAGUGCAGGCUAUUUGUGCCCAUGCACAACCUGUGCCAGAUGGGAUAAGCAAGGGACUGUGGAAACUCGUCAAUGAUAUGACACAAGAUGAGGUGGUAGAUGUCAUAAAGAGAGACAAAUGUAUCAUCCAGUUCGGGGAGCAACAUUACAACAUCAUGGGACACAGACGUGCCAAUCAUGAAUUGAUACGGCAGAAAAUGCGCGAGCUGGGGAGACUGGUUUUGAAAGGGAAGCAUGUAUCACCUCUCACGAGAUUGGAGGAAUACAUUGAUCCAGCCAACUUCCUCCACACAAUCAGUGCAGUGAAAGCUGUUUGUGGCUUUGACAGUGAUAAGAAUACACUAAAGACACCUUCACUAGCCUUAAAACUUGGCCAUAACCUUCAGAAGGUUGCAGACAUAGUUAGUUGUGAGGCUAGGGUCUCCGGUAACAAGAAAAAGGCUCAGAAGGUAGAGGACUUCAAACAUAUCUAUAAGACAUGCUGGAGAGAGUACAUCUCGUGUCAUGCUCACAAAACAUUUGAAGAAAAUAAGUUCAAUGCUCCACUGAUCUUGACAUUUGCUGAAGAUGUCAAGAAACUGCACAUCCACCUUCAAGAAAAACAGAAAACAUGCUACAGCCAACUUUCCAAAGAACCUAACAGGAAGACGUGGGCACAGCUGGCUAAAGUCACUCUGUCACAAAUGACGGUCUUUAACCGAAAAAGACUAGGGGAUGCCUCCCUGAUGACAGUGGCCUCAUUCGUGUCUCGAGACAAAACUGCUUUACAUGACGAUUAUGGGAACUCCCUUUCAGAUGUUGAACGGGCGCUAUGCCAACAUUUUAGUUGCAUAGAAAUACGUGGAAAGCGAUCAAGAAAAGUCACAGUGCUUCUGUCCCCUACAAUGAUCAAAUCAAUGGAGCUGCUUGCAGAGAAGCGUGAACAUUGCAGCGUUCUGAAGGAGAACAUCUAUAUGUUCGCCAUUCCAGGCUGUCCAACAUCAUUCAGCGGAUCAGACUGCCUGCGUCUCUUUGCCAAGAAGUGUGGGGCUAAAUGUCCAGAAUCCCUCUCGUCCAUCAAGUUGCGUAAACACAUCACCAUGAUGUCUACUGUACUCAACUUAAAUGACAACGACAUGGACCUGCUAGCCGAUUUCCUGGGACAUGAUCUACAGAUGGACAACAAAUAUUACAGGUUACCUGAGGGAACACUUCAGCUGGCAAAAAUCACCAAAGUCCUCAUGGCGAUGGAGCAGGGAAGGCUAAACGAAUUCAAGGGGAAAGGUCUUGACCAGAUCCACAUCAGUCCAGUGGAGUGUGUUGAGCUGGAUGAAGAGAGUGAUACAGACUUGACUGAAGAAACUCCUGGAAGGUCAUGUGAGCCACAAGAGAGGACACGGGAGGCCAUGGCAGGAAGAUCAGGUUCUAAGAAGAGGAAGUGGAGUGAGGAGGACAAAGGGCCAGUGGAAGAAACAUAUAUUCAAUUCAUGGACUCUGGAGCUACUCCAGGGAAUGCAGACUCUUGCAUGCAUCAAGGCAGUGCCACAAGCCCUCAGAGAGCGGGACUGGCGGGCAGUGAAGUAUUAUGUCAAGAACAGAAUUACAGCACAUGUGAGCAGGACUACCAAUAAAUGUUGUAGUCUGUCUGGCCCUCUGUCUGCCUCUGUCUGUUCCUCUACCUGCAUAUCUGUCUGCCUGCCUGUCUCUGUCCCUUUGCCUGCCUGUCUGUCAGUCUGUGCCUCUGCCUGUCUGAAAUGCAGUGCCUCCAGAUUCCCUAGUUGUAAUCAAGACGAUAUUAUGUACGUUUAAUAUUCACACAAUUACCCCAAUAAUGUAAAAGUUAAUUUGCAGUUUGUUUAUUUAUCAGAUUUUUGUUGUUUUUUUGAAAGAUUUAGUCCUAGGCAGUGUUGUGAUUAGUUAUAAGAACAUGUAACAAAAGGAAUGUUACAAUAUUACUUUGCAUAGAAAGUAACGUUAUAUUACUUUGUUACUUUCAUGAACAGUCUCAAAACCUCACUGUUUGACUGUCAGACGGAGUGAGGCAAGCCAUGCGUGCUCUACCAAAGAUACUACUAAUAAUAUCUAAUUCGUUAAAAAAAUCGAACAUCUUGGUCACUACUUUUUCUUCCUAAAUGGUGUAGACUGAUGUAUUUGUCUGAAUUUUGCAGUAAAGAUUAUACAAGAGUAUAGACUACACCCAUAGCCUGGCCCCUCUGCGACAUAAAACAUUUUAUGCACUCGUGAAAUGUUGGCCAAGAACCGUUGUACAAAUAAACAUGAUGGCUUUCUUUUAACCUUA